GCCUCUUCUAAUUGGCUAAAAAUCUUCUACAACGCUUGGAAAGCGUAUAAGUAUAGACACGAGGAGUUACAAGUCGUAUAACUAUAAGAACUUUACAUGAUUAAAAUUCCUAUCGACGACCAUGGAGAGUCUUACGAAGAGCGAUCCUCACCUCCUUAACACAGAACCAGUACAUGUUCAUAUCCAACCUCCGUCAGAUAAUGACAUAGAGAAAGGUCAUCACGUCAAAGACCAACGCGACGAUGAAAAAAUUACGCCAAAGCACUCCGUGUUCAAAUCGCUCGGUUGGCUGGACCGCUUCCUUGCUAUAUGGAUAUUCCUCGCCAUGGCCAUCGGGAUCGUGCUAGGCAACUUUGUGCCGGAGAUAGGUGACGCCCUACAGAAAGGUCAAUUCGUCGGUGUCUCGGUUCCAAUAGCUGUCGGGUUGCUCGUGAUGAUGUACCCCAUACUAUGCAAGGUGCGGUACGAGACCUUACAUGAGAUAUUCUCGCACCGCGGCGUCUGGAAGCAGAUCGGGUUUAGCAUCUUCAUGAAUUGGGUCGUCGCUCCGUUCUUAAUGCUAGCACUUUCAUGGGCAUGCUUACCAGAUAAACCCGAGCUUCGUACAGGUCUAAUCCUAGUUGGCCUAGGUAGAUGCAUCGCAAUGGUACUAAUAUGGACGGGUUUGGCUGGUGGGGAUAGCGAGUACUGUGCCAUCCUCGUGGCAAUUAACUCCAUUCUCCAGAUGGUAUUAUUCGCCCCCUUAGCUGUUUUCUUCAUUCGUAUAAUCAGUCGCGAAUCCGGUCCUCUCGACAUCUCGUAUGAGGUCGUUGCAACAAGCGUAGGGACUUUUCUCGGUAUCCCACUAGGCGCGGCGAUGCUGUCACGCUUUGGGCUACGCGCCUUGGCCGGUUCGCAGUGGUACGACCGCGUCUUUCUAAAAUUUGUCGCACCGUGGUCUCUAGUCGGCUUGCUCUACACCAUCUUGGUCCUAUUCGCUUAUCAGGGUCAACAAGUCGUCCACCAGAUCGUGUCAGUCUUGCGAGUUGCCGUUCCACUCAUCGUAUAUUUCAUCGUCAUCUUCUUCCUGACGCUCUGGAUCACGUAUCGGUGCGGAUUUGGAUAUGCCCUCGGCGCCACGCAGAGUUUUACUGCCGCUAGCAAUAACUUCGAACUUGCUAUCGCUGUAGCCGUCGCAACCUAUGGUCCUAACAGUGACCAAGCUUUAGCAUCUACCGUAGGGCCGCUUAUUGAGGUACCGGUACUGCUUGGACUAGUAUACGUCGUCAAGGCAAUAGGGGGUAGAUGGGCUUGGAAGGAUUGAUCCGUAUGGUAUUGAAUUCGAACCAAGGUAUGUUGCGGCCGUAACUAAGUAAUAUCGAAAAGAUUUACCCGAAACAAUAUUCAUUACCGAUGACUGCCUUUGUCCAAUAGCAUACCACGUGUAAUAGGAAAAAAUAGAUUCAUACUACUACACGGCUACUAUACCCCGCUCCCAUAUUUUAUACUGAUAUUAUCAAAAUAUCAGCGAUUCGCACCAUCUGAUUGCGGUAGAGCAUUGA